AUGGCACAAGUGAGACAGCCGCUACCACCGCAGAUCCCUAUAUUGCCUGAUGCUGUUCGUUUCCAGUCAUCACCAGUAAGACCUGCUGCCGGACAAUAUGGUCCACCAAGUAACGCAUCAGGACAAUAUACUGGUUCACCUGCUCGACCCAUGGCUCCUCAACAAAGUGGUGCUUACCCGCCACCACAAAUGAUGAACCGUCCACCACCACCGGCAGCAUCGGCGCAAAUGAUGAAUCGUCCACCACCGCCGACAGUAUCGGCGCAAAUGAUGAAUCGUCCACCACCGCCGGCAGCAUCAACACAAAUGGGUACUCGUCCACCCCUUCCAGUAGCAGCACAAACACAGAUGGUGAAUCGCCCGCCAGCACCAGGAUCGACACAAAUGGUCGGUCAUCCAUCAGCUCAAAUAGGUCAGCGAAUGCCUGGCCCACAAAUUGGUAGUCAGCCACCAUCACAACUUCCUAGUCGCCGACCAUCUGAAGCACCGCAUCAAGUUGGUACUCUUCCUGGUUCAAAUUUUGCAGGCCAAGGUCCACCUGCAGGUAUGACAAAUGGGCCUGGUAGUAAUCUUAACUCAAAUUUUCAACAUUCACAAGUUAUGAGUCCAGCAUCUAAUCGGGUGCCAUCAGGUGAUCAACAAUUACCGCCUUCCGUAUCAAAUACUGCCUCUCCAUUUCUGCAGAGAUCGAACGAAUUACCAUAUUCGAAAUUCAAUGAAAGAGAUAUAUCGAGUGGUAUACGAACAGUAAGUGAUGAUGAUGCACUUUCAAUGGUAUCUAUGAACAAGAAACAUCUGCCUGUCUACGCACGAUUUCCAUUUGAUGUUACUUUUCUAUCGCAACCAAUGAAUAUGACUGUGGAUAAUAGCAUUCAAGAUCUUCGACAUCGUCUCAUUGAAUCCGAACUUAAUCAUCAACGUCGCACUACAGACGAGUAUAUCAAACGAACACAUCGCAUAGGCGUGGAAACGGAUCCAGAAACACAAAUGGAUCUUGAACGAGAACUAGAAAUACAAAAAAUUCAGGCAUCGUUAAAUAGUGGUCGUCGCUCGCGACCACCAAUAUUACUAUCUGAUUAUGGCUAUGAACCUCGUCGUGCUCCAGUACAACCACUUAGUGACAUUCUUGAAGGGCAGCCUUUUGCAACUACUAAUAUGGAUGAUUUAAUCGAUUCAAUGGCACGCCGACAUUUAUCAGAACGUCGAUAUAUCUCGGCAAACCAACGGCACAGUGGCGUUGGAGGCCAUAGCCCGUAUUUUGAAUCUUCCCCACUUGGCCGACGAAUAACGUUACGAAGUCAACAACGACCUGAAGAUAUUUACUUUGCAAAUAAGACACCAACAAGUUUUCUUGAGCAUGAUAUAAUUCGAUUGAGCCCAGAGAUUUUUAAUGAGACACUUCGAGGUGGAAGUGGGUCAACCAACCAGCCUCAACUAUCGAAUGUGGAUCAUUCAAGCUCCAAUGAUUCGAUGCGUAAUGAUUCCUCGAUUAAACUUCCUCGAAUACCCUUCGGAACGGAUACCAAUCAUCUCAAUCAGCCAUCACUUGCAUCGAACUCGACACUUUAUUUAGCCAAACAUAAUCUUCAAGGCUAUUCCAAUUAUCACACUGUUCCAAUGAAUUUACCAGCUCAUACUGAACAUUUGAUCGAAUUACCAAGUGAUAUAUUUCUAACAGCUAGAAGAGACCAACUCUAUACGCCAAUACCUCGUCGGAAGAUUAAAAAAAGUAAACAGCGUAAAUCUCGAAGACCUCAAUCAAGUGCUUCGGAAGAUACUGAGACCGAACCAUCACUGAACGAAGAAGAAGAUGAGGAUGACGACGACGACGAUGAUAACGAUGAUGACAAUGAUAAUGUGGACGAUGGUUUAUUUGGAGACAAUCGCCGCCGCCACCGAAGCAGAAGCCGGCAAGAUGAACAAGGAUUUUUUACUGAAAGAAAUCCUCGUGAACGAUCGAACAAGAAGUCAAAACAUCUUCUCAAACAACGUGCUAGUAGAAGCCGCUCGAAGAGUUCCAGACAAUCACUGAGUGCAACAAUUCAUAAAAUUCGUUUACAAGAAAUUAUGGUCGCUCUACAUCGUGUUUAUCUUGAACCGGAAGGCCCCAUUUACAAUGCACUUAUCCAAGCGAUUGUUAAUCCAGUUGAAUUGAAGAGUGCAUUAAAUCCGUCAUCGAAGUCCUAUAAUCAAGCCAUCUUUGUUAUUGCCGACGCUUUGAAAAAUAUUAUUGCACGGAUUGUUGAUUUUAUGCCAAGAGAUGGUAUCCUUGGAACAUCGAAGACGUCAGCGAUAGCUGCUUUGAUCCAACCUGGUAAUCCAUUUCCUGAGAAUUACUUUUGGCAGUGUGAAAGAGAACUUCUUGAGUUCAAUAAGACAAGACUUGUUAAUAUUACCAAACAGCGUGCAACACUUCUAAUCAUCGGUUGUUUCAUUUUUCGAUCAUUAGUAACAACGCUUCUUACUAAACCGAUUAAAUAUCGAUUAUUACUUGGCCAAUUGACACCGAACCAAGCGGCUAGUCUCAAAGUGCUAGCAUCGGUUUUAUUCUACGUUGGUCGACGCGCUGUUAAAUCUUCCCCACAAAUAUUAGCUUUGCCGCAUGAAUGGAGUCUUUCUUUACACAACGAUGCAGCUCUUAAACCCAUUACUCAAAAUUCCGAAAUUAAACCUGUUAUAGCAACAUGUGAACAAUCAUUACGUGCUUGGUGUGAACAAUACAUCCGUCGUAUCGAUGCAAGUUUUGGCAAAGACUUGCGCACAUGA